AUGUCCUACAACAAACCCGACGGUCCCCCUCCCUCCUAUCCACCCCCCGUCCACGACGCCGGUCCCUACUACCCUCCACAGGGACAGCAGGGCGCCUCCGGAGACUACUACAACCAAGGCGGCGGAUAUCCUCCCCAGAACUACGGUCCGCCCCCGCAGCAGGGCUACUAUGGCUCCCCUCCACCCCAGGGCCAGCCCAUGUACUACCCGCCGCAACAAGGCCCCUACCCGCAACCGGGGUAUUAUGCCGAUGAGCGCGGUGGCGGCGGCGGAUCCGCGGGCGGUGGUAUCUGUGCCGGUAUCAUGGCCGCGCUAGCUUGUUGCUGCUGCUUGGAUAUUCUGUUUUAG